AUGGAGUCCUCGUGGCGCACGACCGCUGCCAUGAAGUUUGGCAAGUCCGAGAAUGAGCUGCGGGAGCUGGUCGGGGGCGGCGAGUUCCGAUUGAACAGGGACUCCCUCAUGGCGCACUACGCGUGCACCUUCGGAGGGCCCGAAGCCGCCGGCAACGGCGCGCUGGCCGCGGCCGCGGACCCGCUUGCCGCUGAUGUCGCGUCUCCCCAGUCCCUGGUCGCGCCUGGGCUGGGGGACCCCGACCCGAGCUUGGCUUUCAAGCUCCACAGCCGCCCUGGCGCCCCCCGCACCCUGUACCUGGACUUCACGGGGCACACCACCACCGGCACGCAGUGGAACAGGGAGCCCUGCUUCGAAGCGGACACGAGUUUCUGCUUCAGCACGACGAGGGCCUUCCCUCCCUCGUUUGUCACGCCGCCCUUUGAUCUUGACGGCAACACGACCGGCUUCACCACUGCGGAGAUGCGGGCGAUAGUAACAAUCUGGGUGAACGUUGCAGAGGAUUACUCCCCUUUCAAUGUCGACGUCACCACGGAGGAGCCCACCUUUUCCCUGGGGAACAGAGUCGGGAUGCGGGUGUGCAUCGGCGGCAGUGAUCUCGACUGGUUCUCAUACAACACCGGCGGUCAGAUGGUGACAGGCGGCGUCGCCUUCGUCUCAACGUUUGGGGUUGCACGCCUCGGCGCUGGCUACCCCUCCAAUGGCAAUGAGGUUGCUCCGGCGUACGCUGAGGCUACGUUGCCAUUUCAAGACGACUUGGCCAUAAUCGCCCGCUUCGUCCCGCUUGCUGCUGACGAAGCGGGCGGCACACUUGCUGCCGCCAGAGCCCUGGCCAACACGUCCUCUGAAGCAGGCGCCUCGUUUGUGGGGAUCAUCAGUGGCGCGUCUGACGUGGAUAUGUUCAGGUUCAGCAGCGGCGAGGGCAACGUCAGUGUGGCCCUGACCCUCGCCAGCACGGCGGGCCAGCUGAGCCCCAACGCCACUAUCACCACAGACGGAAUCUACUACCUCUCUGUCAGGGGCGCCGGCCGGGGUGCGAAUGCCACCACGGGCUUCACAUCUUACGGGUCCACAGGGCAGUACAGGGUCACCGUCACAGCACCGGCUAGCAACAGCAGCAUUGACAUCAGCGGAGACGCCGGCAACAGCACAAGUGGGACCGGCGCCAACGGAACUGUCGCAGCAGGCACCAAUGGUACUGGAGGAAGCAGUUUCAAUGGCACUGUUGACAGCGGCACCAACAGCACUGCUGGGAGCGGAAACAAUGGGACUGCUGGAGGCGGCACCAACGGGACUGUCGGGGGCACCAACGGGACUGUUGGGGGCACCAACGGGACUGUGGGGGGCGCCACCAACGGGACUGUGGGGGGCACCACCAACGGGACUGUGGGGGGCACCACCAACGGGACUGGUGGGGGCACCAAAAAUGGAACCGUUGGGGGCGUCAAUAACGGGAUAGCUGGGAGCGGCACCAACACCACUUCUGGGAGCGGCACCAACACCACUUCUGGGAGCGUCACCAACGGCACUACUGGGGGCGCCAAAAAUGGGACGGUCGGGGGCAUCACCAACGGGACAGUUGGAAACGGCACCAACGGGACCGGUGCGGUGGGCAUCAACGCGACAGUCGGGGCGACCGGCGGAACCAGCUCAAAGACCACCGUCUCAUGCAAGUCUCCCGGUGACGUCACGCUGCCCCAGACGUUCAACGGCUCGUGCAGCUCUGCCGUAUUGGCCGUUUCAGACCUCUACACCACAGGGGGCCUGCCCGGCACGGAUGUGUCCGUUACGCCCACCCUCCCAGCUGACAGCCUGUAUGCACCAGGCAACUACAGCUACGCCGUCAUUGCGGGAUCUGGUGCCAACUGCACAGUGUCAUUCACAGUCACCCAGGGGCCCGGCUGCAGCAAUGCCACGGCGGUUACCUGCACGGCUGCGCCCAAGGUCGUCACCCUGGCCACUGGCAGCUGCGAGGGCGUCACCAUCCCUCGGUGGCAGCUCUUCACCGGCGGCGGCAACACCACCGUUACGCCCGCGCUGCCCACGGACAUGUACUUCACACCAGGGCGCAUGACCAAGUUCAAGGUCGUGGCGGCCGACCAAGUGUCUCGCUGCACCUUCAACCUUGGCAAGUCUGCCAAUGUGACACUCUCGCCGGGCGGGGCCCUGCGGCAGGGGGUGCGCAAGGUCAAGGUGACUGCCGACUACGGCAAAGUCAGUGCCAAGACCACCUGCACCGUCAACGUGAUGGACCAGCAGGCGCCCAACAUCACCCUGGUGCCGGCCUCUGGCAGCCUCUGCGCCUACCCCAAAAAGGGCUCAACCUCUGCUUGCUUCUCCAUCCGGAAGCUGGCCGACGUGUCCGACAACUGCCGCCCGAAACCGACGCUGCUGUUCAGGAGCUGCACCGUCACUGCCAACGGCGCCAGCAAGGACUGCUUCCAGGACAAAUCCAAGCGUGUGUGCGUGAGAUACAACAACGGCACAGCGCCCCUCACUGCGCAGGCUGUCUUCACUGCCAGGGACGCGUCCGGAAACGAAUCCCCGGCGAAAACAGUGACGAUCACUGCGUACAGCGUCCAGCCCAACCCUGUGCCCCCAGGCUGCGAGCCCAAGUAG